AAAGCAACUCAAGCUCUGUGGCGAAUCUGCUGCUCUCAAUGAAGAGUUCCGUGGAGGUGGGCGUAAGGAAUUUUUCAGUCGCUCGUCAUCCAGCCUUGGGUUACGGAUCUCGUCUCGGGGCGGAAGGGAGCUAGGCCUUGCACAGUUUUUGUUCCAGAACAUGAGUGACUGGAUGCCCAUUGCCAGGGAGUAUGACCCGCUCAAGGCUGGGAGCAUCGAUGGCACGGACGAAGAACCGCAUGACCGCGCUGUGUGGAGAGCCAUGCUGGCCCGCUAUGUUCCCAACAAAGGCGUCACUGGGGACCCCCUCCUCACCCUGUUUGUGGCCAGGCUGAACUUGCAAACCAAAGAGGAGAAAUUAAAGGAAGUCUUCUCCCGCUACGGCGACAUCCGGCGGCUGCGACUGGUACGGGACUUGGUGACUGGCGUCUCCAAGGGCUACUGCUUCGUAGAGUACAAGGAGGAGCGGGCCCUGCUGAAGGCCUACCGCGACGCCGACGGCCUGGUCAUUGACCAGCACGAGAUCUUCGUGGACUACGAGCUGGAGAGGACCCUGCGAGGCUGGAUCCCUCGGCGGCUGGGGGGCGGUCUGGGCGGGAAAAAGGAAUCUGGACAACUGAGGUUUGGGGGUCGGGAUAGGCCUUUUCGAAAACCCAUCAACUUGCCAGUUGUUAAAAACGAGCUGUAUAGAGAGGGGAAAAGGGAUCGGAGAGAGCGAUCCCAAUCCCGAGACCGGCACUGGGAUCCCAGGCCCAGGGAGCGAGACCAUGACAGGGGCCGAGAGAAGAGGAGGCUCUGGCAAGAGAGAGAGCCGGCGAGGGUGUGGCCAGAGAAUGACUGGGAAAGAGACAGGGAUUUCAGGGAGGACAGGGUCAAGGGGAGGGAUAAGAGGGACAGAACCAAGUAGAGACCCAGUGGUAGACCCAAAAAGUCUGAGGAAGAAGAGGACUGUUCAUGUGGUAUGACUCGCUGAAUAAACCCAAUGAUCGAUGACCCAA